GCCUUUACCAAGGACGUCCAUGAGCGAUUACGAUUUCAGACCAGGUGGUUCACUCAAGUUCAAGAAUGGCGUGGCAGAUGGUGGUAUCGUAAAAAAAAAGAAGAAAUCCAAGUCAAAGUCGAAACUCAUCGGUGAGAAAGAACGAGAAAGAGAACGGGUGAAGGAGUUGUUGUUCAAAGAUGAGGACGAUGUCACGUCUGGUUCUCCUCAAGGUAGCAGCAGGAAUUCACCCGCUAUAGGCGGUAGCAGCGACAAGAAAACAGAGGCUGAAAGACGGUUCGAGGAUGUGCAAAGACGCAGACUGGCUGAUAAAGUAGCCAAAAUAGCCCACAAAACGCACAAGGAUCGCGUUGCAGAGCUCAAUGCCAAGCUGGAGUCACUGAGCGAGCACCACGACAUUCCAAAGGUUGGCCCAGGAUAAUAUCCGCUCGAAUCGCUCGUACAGUUCUUUGGUUGGUUCUUUGGGGUUCGAUAUGCUAGUGGCGAGCGCAGAAGGACGAUCACUUAUUUUUCAUGAAUAUUCCAUUCACAAUGCUACGUAUCAUGCCAAUCGUCGCGAUUAUUCGUGUAAACUACAACAAGUGCCUGAGUGCCACUAUAUUGUAAUAUAUUUGUUGUGCUUG